AUGUGUUCAAAGGCAGCUGAGUCAAUGAGAUGGCAUGAAGAAGAGCGCUCAAAGGAUGGAAAAUUGAGGCAUCCUGCUGAUGGUAAAGCGUGGAAGGACUUUGAUGAGCUCCAUCCAGAUUUUUCUAGUGAGUCCCGCAAUGUAAGACUUGGCUUAACGAGUGAUGGGUUUAAUCCAUUUAGGACCAUGAGCUUAUCUCAUAGUACAUGGCCUGUCUUGAUGAUGGUAUACAACACACCACCUUGGCUGUCCAUGAAACCUGAAUAUACAAUGUUGUCAUUGUUGAUUCCUGGACCAAAAUCUCCAGGCAACGAUAUCGAUGUUUACCUCCAACCACUGAUAGAGGAGCUAAAGGAGUUAUGGGAAUCCGGCAUAGAGACAUAUGAUUCUUCAAUGAAUCAAACUUUUCAAAUGCGUGCAGCUCUUCUGUGGAUAAUUAGUGACUACCCUGCUUAUGCUAUGUUGUCGGGAUGGAGCACCAAAGGAAAAUUGGCGUGUGCUUGUUGUAAAUCUAACACCAAUUCGUUAUACCUCAAACACAGUCAUAAGAUGUGUUAUAUGGACCACCGUACCUUUUUACCAAGAACUCAUUCUUGGAGAGACGAUGUCAAAUCAUUUAACGGAGAAGAAGAACAUAGGACUGCACCAUCCAUUAUUGUUGGAACUCUUUUGGACAUCAUGGGGAAGACAAAAGAUCAUAUUAAAGCCCGUUAUGAUUUGCAAGAAAUGGGAAUUAGAGAAAGACUUCAUCCAAGGGAGAUUGGUGGAGGACGUUCAGAGUUUGCAAAAGCGUGUUUCUCAAUGACUCCGCACGAGAAGUCAAUUUUUUGUGGAGUUAUAAAGGCUGCCAAGUUACCAGAUGGGACUGCAUCAAAUAUUUCAAAAUGUGUACAAAAAGUUAUACAAGUGGAAGAUUUAGAUUACCUAGAAAAUGAGAUUGUAGAGAUACUUUGUCAGUUGGAGAUGAUAUUUCCUCCAAGUUUCUUUGACAUAAUGGUUCACUUGCCUAUUCACCUGGUAAAUGAAGUUAGAUUGGGUGGUCCUGUUCAAUUUCGAUGGAUGUAUCCCACCGAAAGAUACUUGUGUAAACUUAAGAACUAUGUCCGCAAUAGAGCUUAUCCUGAAGGUUCUAUUGCCAAGGGGUAUCUGGUUGAAGAAGCUAUAACAUUUUGCUCAAGGUAUUUGCAUAGCAAUGUAGAUACAAGGUUUAAUAGGAAGAGUCGGAAUUAUGAUGUUACCGAUUCACUUGAAACAGAUCCGGAUGAUUACUUUACAACUGCCGGUCGUCCUUUAGGGGGGGCAGGCAAACCCUUUCAUCUUGAUGUGAAAUCAAAGGAUGUUGCCCAUCGAUACAUCUUAUUCAAUUGCAAUGAAGUUCAAAUUUACAUCAGUGAGCAUGAUCAAAGUGUUAAUUCAAACACUAACAAAAGGAAGUGGACCAAGGCCAAAAGUCAAAGUAAAGAAUUUAGUGAAUGGUUUAAAACUCGUGCCCAGAAUGAUGAUGUGCCAUUACAACUUGAAAAACUUUCUAGAGGUCCUAAUUUUGUUGCAAAGAGGUAUCCAGGUUAUGUCAUUAAUGGAUAUAGGUUCCAUACUAGGAAACGAGAUACAAAUCGCAAAACUCAAAAUUCUGGCGUAACUUUAGUUUCACUAACUUCAAGUUUCGCUAGCUCCAAAGAUGGAAAUCCUAGGACAGAACCCAAUGCUGUGAACAGAGCUAAGCAAAAGUAUAUGCAUCGGAGGGGCCCAACAAACUUUGCGAGGAUUCCGUGCUAA